AUGCUCGGCUACCGCGUCGUGCGCCCGAGCAUCGACGGCCCGUCCGUGUUCCCUGACGACGACGAGCCCCGGCUGCUGCCGGUCGAGUACUGCGACCGCCUCGCCAUCGUGGUGUACCGCCGCGGGAAGGGUCAGCAGGCGGUGGACCCGGAUUGCGCUUUCUGCAUCUCCGCGGUCCGCGACGGCGAGGAGGUGCGCGAGUUGCGGUGCCACCACGUCUUCCACCGUGCCUGCCUCGACGCCUGGCUCGUCCGCCCGCGCGCCACCUGCCCGCUCUGCCGUGACCGACUCCUCCCCGCCGAGAGCGACUACAACGACCACCUCUCCUCCUCCUCCUCCUCCUCGUCCGCCUUUGCCUACGCCCACGGCGGCGCUAUCUGGCACAUGACGUGA